AUGGCACCCUUGCGCAAUGACGUGUCUCUGAUUGACAUCGCAGCCCAUUUUGCACCGGAUCUGAUUGGCAGAAGCUUGUCGAAGCUGUGGACUGCUCGCGGGUGUGAGCUGGAGACGGCGUUGACUGAUGCCGGCUGCAUGUACACAUGUCCGUUAACUUCCAGUCCAAUCACGAGCCCGCUCUUGGUGAGCGAUGGAUGCAUUUACGAGGAGGAAGCUGCUCUGCAUUGGUUUCGGACACGCGAGAAGUCCGACAAGUCCGUAGCUUCCAAACCGAAGCAGGCUUUGCGGCUGGGGCCUUUGGCAGAAGCAGUGGAGGCCUUCCUCCAGCACUGCAACGCUGCCGGGUACCGGACAUCGGAGCAGCUGGAACAGGCAAUGGGAGAGGCGGAGAUGCCAGGCACUCCAUGGCUGCGUCGAGUUGCAAUCCUGGAGGCAUCGCUGGCAGAAGCCAGGACAGAGGCUGAGGCGCUUCGGCAUCAUUCUGCAGAAGCCCAGGCCUUGUUAGAAAGCCUUCGGCGGCAGGCCGCGGAGAAGCAGGAGCUUGCUGCCCGCCGCCUGCAGCGUGCGGUGCGAUCCAGACUCGCGCGCGAGCGGCAACGUGCCGCAGCAGCCCUUUGCUUGCAGCGAUGGUGGCGGAAUUUCAGGAAGAGCGAUGUCAAGAAGCCGAAGAAAAGAAGGGGCAAAGCGCAGAAGAAGGGAUCAGCUAAGCCAGCGAAACCUUCAGCAGAAGAGCUGCCAGCGCAAUUGCCUGCAAGUGCGACGCCGACGCCGCCAGAAUACACACAGCUUCUCAAUAAGCAGCACCAGCAGUAUGCUAGAAUCGAGGAGAAGGAUAAACGUGCGGUUUUGGAUUUUUUCCUCGAUCAGCUGAUGUACGACAGCACAGAUUUUCGAAUCCUGAUAGUCACGAGCUCGGACGAGCGUGCUCUUGGUUUGCACAAAGUCUUGCAGAUGUCGAAAGCCGUUCAGUACCAGUUGGUCACAAUGCAGCAGGAUGAGGAAUCCAAGCGAUUCAAGGAGCUCCGCGAAUGCGCUGGUAUCAUCUCCGAGUCACAGCUUCGGCAGAAUGAGGAUGCAUCAGCUGCCAACAUGAUGGUGAACUUCGACAUGCCUCAGACUCUGGAUGACUACAUGGACCGUAUAAGGCGCGUAGAUCCAGCUGUCAAGGUCAUGAGCCUGCCCACCUCACCCGAAGAGAUGGGGGUGAUUCGGCAGGUGGAAGAACACUUUGGAAUUGUUUUCAGAAAUAUGGAGGGUGUCGCCCGAUUCAAGAUCCUCCAGAAUCGGAAGGCGCUGAGGAACAAGCUGGCAGCCACUGGCAGCCAGCGGCAAAAGCUGUUGUAG